UUUCUUACCUCUCUGCGAGAGACGAUUCCCACAUCUCUGCCCUUGGAAUCCUCCCUCUGCCACCAAACCCUUCUGCCUGCGACACUCGCCGCGUUUCGUCUCUUACAACCAGAAAGUCCGCAAUCUGACUCAAGAUGCCGCCAGCACAUACUGCACAGCAGAAGAGCGCCAUAUCGGAAUUCGUCAGUGUCACGCAGUCCGACAAGACCACAGCCGCAAAGUUCCUGAAGCAGGCCAACUGGAACGUCGGUGCAGCUGUCAACUCUUACUUCAACAACCCGAACGCCACUUCUAACCCGCACCGCUCGGCACUGAGCAAGAUUUUCGACAAGUACCGCGACGAUGUCCAGCAUAGCCCCGACGAGAUCGGCCCCCAAGGCACGAGCACGCUUCUCAACGAGCUGAAUAUCGAUCUGGCUGGCGUAGGCGCCGUCGUGUUCUCCGAGCUCGUGCAGUCUCCAUCGCUCGGCAAUAUCACACGGGAUGGCUUCAUUGACGGACUCUCGGACGCUGGAGUCGAUAGCCUGCCCAAAAUCCGGAACCUGGUCCUACAACGCCAAUCUCAGCUUCCUUCGGAUCGGGACUUGUUCAAGAAUGUUUACAACCAUACCUUCCAGCUUGGACUUCAAGAGAAGCAGAAAGCGCUUGCUAUGGAUACGGCGAUGGAGCUUUGGCGGGUUGUCUUAACCGCACCAUCGUUCGAGUGGUCUACCGCGAACACACCUUGGUUAGAUUGGUGGUUUGAGUACUACGAAGGCAAGGUGAAGAAAGCGGUCAACAAGGACUUGUGGAAGCAGACUCUCAACUUCGCGGAGCAGAGCAAGAAAGACGAGUCUCUUAGUUUCUGGAACGAGGAGAGCAGUUGGCCGAGUGUGAUUGAUGAAUUCGUCGAGUGGAUCAAGGAGGAGAAGCGACCAGGCGGCGGCGGCGAUGCGAUGGAACUCUCAUAGUCUGGAACGCGCACAUUGCCACUGAGAUGACUGGAUCGACACGCGGAUUGACAGACCGCAACAUUACAUGAAUACACGGACCAUCUGCUUGGUCUGAGAGGAAGGCAAAGAGCUCGAGGCACACGAGCUGAGCACCUCUGGCCGGACGAUGGUGGGGCGCAUUUGCAUGGAGCAAUUUUUUCACCGCCAUUGAGCAGACACCAAUGGCAACUCACAGCAUGCGACACGAAUUAUGUGAUAGCGUUCAAGCAGUAUGAGUCCUUGCUAAAAGAAUGGUUGCUAGCUGCG